UCCUGGGUCAGGGAGAGUUUAUUGCAACAGGCAGGGCGGAACUGCAUGUCGAAGAGAAGACCUUCACAUAACUUCAUAAUCCAGGUGUCAGCGAGCUAAACGUCCCGUUGGCCGAACAACUUCGUAAAUCGUCCCACAACCUGGUGUGCGGGAGUUUUUUUUUUUUUUUUUUUUUUGGCGUUGUUUGAGCGUUUCUCGCAGUCUCCCCCAGCGUAUUUUUCUCCAAGAGAGGCGGCGGCGGAGCGCUCGGCAGCCAUCUUUGGAGCUUGGCUGGGAGUGGGAGCUGGCCGCUGUGGCACCCCCAGUUUACUUCAAGGGUGGGCAUUUUUAUUCUCCAGGAAACUUCACUCGCGCACUCGGCGAAGUGGGCUGACAGCGCGGAGGGCCGCGGGGGGAUCCAGCUCACGAAUCGGCCGCGCUGGGGGGAAUGAGCCUGGGAAAGUGUCCGAUAAUCCCGAACAGUUCUUAACUGCACGCCGCUCCGCGAGAACUGGCCUGUCAGAGCAGGCUCUGAACACAUGAAAUCACUGUCCCGCAGAUGAGCCGUCACAGGCGGCUUUUUCGUCGCUGUCGCAGACCCAGACCCAGAUAGUUCCUGGCGACAGCGGCAUUGCCCCCUAACCCCCCAGUAUGCCCAACAACAGCCGGGUGGGGAACCUGAAGGAUCCCGAUAUCGCAGAACUCUUCUUCAGAGAGGAUCCAGAAAAGCUCUUCACAGAUCUGCAAGAAAUUGGACAUGGCAGCUUUGGAGCUGUAUAUUUUGCACGGGAUGUGCGGUCCAAUGAUGUGGUGGCCAUCAAGAAGAUGUCCUACAGUGGGAAACAAUCCAAUGAGAAAUGGCAAGACAUAAUCAAGGAGGUGAAAUUCCUGCAGCAAAUACAACACCCUAACAGCAUAGAGUACAAGGGAUGUUACCUGCGAGAGCAUACUGCUUGGCUGGCAAUGGAGUACUGUCUAGGCUCAGCUUCAGAUUUAUUAGAAGUUCACAAGAAACCCCUGCAAGAAGUGGAAAUAGCUGCAAUUACUCAUGGUGCUCUUCAAGGAUUGGCUUAUCUCCACUCCAAUAACAUGAUUCACCGUGACAUCAAGGCAGGAAACAUCUUGUUGACAGAACCGGGUCAGGUGAAAUUAGCUGACUUUGGCUCAGCCUCCAUCGCCUCUCCAGCAAAUUCAUUUGUUGGGACCCCAUACUGGAUGGCCCCGGAAGUCAUAUUAGCUAUGGAUGAGGGUCAGUAUGAUGGAAAGGUGGACAUCUGGUCUUUGGGAAUAACCUGCAUUGAAUUAGCUGAGAGGAAGCCUCCACUGUUCAACAUGAACGCGAUGAGUGCCUUAUACCACAUAGCACAGAAUGACAGCCCAACUCUGCAGUCUAGUGAAUGGACGGAUUAUUUUCGAAAAUUUGUAGAUUCUUGUCUUCAAAAACUUCCCCAGGAAAGGCCAAACUCUGAGGAGCUCCUACAGCAUGCGUUUAUCCAGCGUGAACGACCGGAAUCAGUGCUAAUAGAUCUGAUAAAUCGGACCAAAGAUGCCGUGAGGGAACUAGACAAUCUGCAGAGUCGUAAGAUGAAGAAGAUCUUGUUUCAGGAAGCCCACAACGGCUCCACAACUGAAGCACAAGACGAAGACGAGGAGACAGACAACAGCGUGAGUAGGACGGGCACGGUGAACAGCACCGGGAGCAACCAGUCCAUACCCAGCAUGUCUAUCAGUGCCAGCUCCCAGAGCAGCUCCGUCAACAGCCUCACCGAUGCGGGCGACGACAAGAGCGAGCCGGGCAUGGAUGGAGGCGGCACAGUGAUGUCCAACAGCUCAGUGAUCAAUCUCAAACCUGAACCAGAGAUGAGUAAUGAAGAGUCGGAGCCUCACAGCAAAGCCACAACAGAGCCACAAUCUCCUCCCGCACAAACUCAGAGGCCAAGACGAAACCGUGAAGACUUUGCAACUAUACGCACAGCUUCAGCGCUCACACGCCAGAUGAAGGAGCACGAGCAGGACUCGGAGUUACGAGAGCAGAUCCUGGGCUACAAGCGAAUGAGACGGCAGCAUCAGAAACAACUGGUGGCUCUGGAAAACAAGCUGAAGACUGAGGUGGAUGAGCACCGGCUCCGUCUGGACAAAGAGCUGGAGACCCAGAGGAAUAACUUUGCCCAAGAGUUGGAGAAGCUGGUCAAGAAACACCAAGCAUCCAUGGAGAAAGAUGCAAAAACAUUUAACAACGACGAAAAGAAGUUUCAACAACAUAUCCAGAGUCAGCAGAAAAAAGAGCUGAACAGCUUCCAUGAAUCCCAAAAGCAGGAAUAUAAGCUUCGCAAGGAGAAACUGAAAGAGGAACUGAAUGAAUAUCAGUCAACACCCAAGAAAGAGAAGCAGGAGUGGUUGUCUAAGCAGAAAGAGAACUUCCAAAACCUCCAAGCAGCGGAAGAGGCCAACCUACAGCGCCGACAAAGGCAGUACCUGGAGCUGGAGUGUCGCAGGUUCAAAAGGAGGAUCUUGAUGGCUCGCCACAAAAUCGAACAGCAGCAUUUGCGAGAGGAGUUGAACAAGCGUCAGACCCAGAAGGACUUGGAGCAUGCCAUGCUCCUCCGGCACCACGAGUCCAUGCAGGAGCUUCAGUUCCGCCAGCUCAACACCAUCCAGAAGACGAGGGCCGAGCUGACGCGCCUGCAGCAUCAGACGGAGCUCACCAAUCAGCAGGACUACAACAAGAGGAGAGAGAGAGAGCUCCGGCGCAAACACGCCACGGAGGUUCGCCAGCAACCCAAGAGCCUCAAGUCCAAAGAGCUCCAGAUCAAAAAGCAGUUUCUAGACACAUGUAAGAUCCAGACCCGGCAGUAUAAAGCCUUGAGGAACCACCUGUUGGAGACCACGCCAAAGUCAGAGCACAAGGCUGUCCUGAAACGGCUGAAGCUGGAGCGCGAACGCAAACUUGCCAUAUUGGCCGAGCAGUAUGACCAGUCCAUCAACGAAAUGCUCUCUUCUCAGGCGUUACGCCUGGACGCCACUCAGGAAUCUCAGGGCCAGGCGUUACAGAUCCAGCUGCAGCAGGAGCUGGAGCUGCUCAACGCCUACCAGAGCAAGAUCAAGAUGCAGACGGAGGCCCAGCAUGACCGUGAGAAGAACGACCUGGAACAAAGGGUGUCGCUUCGAAGAGGACUACUGGAGCAGAAGAUCGAGGAGGAAAUGCAGUCCCUACAAAACGAACGCACAGAGCGCAUCCAGAGCCUGCUGGAACGCCAGGCCAGAGAAGUCGAGGCGUUCGACUCCGAGAGCAUGCGCCUAGGCUUCAGCAACAUGGUGCUGGCCGACAUCUCCCCCGAGGCGCUCAGCAACAGCUUUCCCGGAGCUCCAGGAGGUUACAGUCAGCAGCAUCAGCAGCUGCGGCCCUCUUCGAGCUCUCAGGGGCCGCGCUGGGGCAGCCGCGGCUCCAAUCACCGAGGCAGCCACCACCAACAUCACGCCAGUCUCGGAGGGUCGCCUAUGCAGCACGGCUGGGGGCAAGGCAUGCCGGCAGGAGGCGUGCAAACGCCCUGGGGCCACCCGCAAGGCGACGCCCUGCUGUCUCGCAGCCCGCAGGCGAUGGGAGGGCGCGACGAUCGGGGCAUGAGCAGGAGUUCCAGCGUCACCUCACAAAUAUCCAACGGGUCGCAUCGCCCCUUCUCUUGAACGCCCCUGGCCCCCCCGUCUGCCAUCGAGUCACUUUAUAUAGAAAAUCUAAGAGCAGGAAAGAGUACUGGCUUGGCUCUGGUCCUUUGUCUCUGCCUGUGACACUACCCCCCCAAAUGUCUCCCUUGUACAGAUGUGGAUGUGUGGUGAAAUAAAUGUUGCUCAGGUCAAAAGGGGCGGGGGAAAGACCCCGCCCUUCCUCACGGCAGUUUAUCAGCACACAUACAGAUUUUGAAAUGCAUGUUACAAAAGCAUAUGAGUAUCGACAAGUAAGUCUCUUUUUUUUUUUUUUUUUUUUUUAUUAUUUACAGUUCUCUUCUGUGGAGAAUAUUUUCUAAAAAAACAAAACAAAAAAAAAAACAUGUUUGUGCUAUUCACAGCCAUUGCUCUCAUUUUGCACAUAAAACACCACUCUAAAGCCUUUUGACGUGUUUAAAACGUAGGUUCAAACAAUCGCAUUAAACUGAUUUAAGUUUAGGACCAUCAUCACUUUAAUCUUCCGGUUCAUGUUGAGUUAUGCACUGGCCAAAAUUUUUCCUGUGGUACGGUAGAGAACCCCCGAGGAAUAACUGGGGGACGCUUUGCUGUUGUCUACCAGUGCCUGCUGUAGCGCUCAUCGAUGGUUUUUUGUGAGAAAUUAGACCACGCCUCCUUUUUUUUUUUUUUUUUUCUUGUUCCAUCUUAUUACUUAAAGAUCAACCAAAAACAGAACUUCACAAACACAGAACCAAACAAACCUAAUUGCUUUAGACGUAUGCUUCUACUAACACUGUGCCUUUUUUUUUUUCUUUUUUUUUAAGCUUUGAUAACUCGGUUUCAGAUAUUUUAAGUUUCUUCAUUGACCUCUGGUCUCUAGAGUAGAUGGUAUUUUAGCUGGGGGUUUAUUUCCACCGCUCCCAGAUGGUUUUGCAAAAAAAAAAAAAAGAAAAUAUUGACAAAAUAUGCAAUGGAGAAACAAAUUUAAAGCUACUUUUUGCAUGUAGGUGGGGUUUUUUUUUUUUUUUUUUUUUUAAUCCCUGAGAGUGGUACUUCAGGGGUAAACUUUACCUCUGCAGAGAAUGUCACUGAAACUCCGAAACUUAUCAGCCUUCAAAAACAAUCUUAGUGCAAAUCUUUAUUUUUAUUAGUGCCUUUUAAUACUGCUGCCUUUUUCAAAGCACUUUAUACAGCUUGACGAGUGUAAGAUUAAUAUUUGACUUCUUUUCUCAAAGCUCCCGGUGAAUUAAUGUUUCAUUGGUACGCAUGUCGAAAAGUUAGACUUACCUGUGCUGUGAUCUUUUUUUUUUUUUUUCCCCUUCUUUUCAGGAGCAUCAGCAAGAAUCCUUCAGACGUUAAUAGACAGUAUAAUAUGUGUGAAAGCAUUUUUCUAAAUCUCACAGCCUUUUUUGAGUCUGUUUUCUUGCGUGACGCUGACUGACCAGAAUAUGUGAGGAUGCUACAGUGUUUUUAGAUAUUAUGUGUACCGUAGAUGACAGUUUCCGUGAAACCAACCGAACAAAGUUAGCUGAGAAAUAUUUCACGUGCAGACGGGGAGUUUUUGACCAAGACAACAGGCUUGGCGCUGCUGAACUUAAACACUACUACAUAAAAUAAAAUGUGGAGGCCUAAAUAAAUAGAAUUAAAAAAAACACUAAGUUAGUAGAGAGACGUAAUAGUUCAGGUCACCCAGCUCUCUGUGGUAAGGGCAUGUAGGUUUUUAGAUGCAGCAUGUUGCAAAUGCAUCUAUACCCCCUUUUCACAUUUUGUCACAUUACAACCACAAAGUUCAUUUACUGGGGUUUUAUGGGAUAGCACUUCCACCUGCUGGAUCCGUAAAUGUCCUCUUAUCACCUGACACAUUCUCCCACCUGAGCUGUGCCGCUCCUCCAGAGUUUCCGUGGGCCUUUUGGCCGCUUCUCUGAUUACAUUUCCAGCUGGCAUUAUACCUAAUAGCUGAAUUCUGAAGGCAUUUGGUUGUGGAUAUCAAUUUUUUUUAGGUUAUAUUUAGGUCAAAAGAUAUAAAAUCUGUAUGAAAUAUUUUUGGAAGUUUGUGGUUGUAACAUGACAAAAUCUGGAAAAAGUUCAAGCACCUUGUUUAACGUUUGCGUGACAUUUAGGUCGGCAAUGAUCCCAUAUGCCCUAAGAUCAGUUUUAGGACUUCUUAGUUAACAACAUUGCACCUUUUAACUCGUUAGUGAUAAUUUUCCAUAAAGUUUAAGGUUCAAAUGCCUUCAAGAGUAAUUUGACAAAUUGAACGUAACCGUGUGCAUCUGUGACUCAGUUGGGGAUAUCCACGUUUUUUUUUUUUAUUCUUUCAAGGCAUGCUUGAAGAAUAAGUUCAGUUUAUUUUAACUUCGUGUAACAGUAUCCACCUUUUCCUUCCUUCAGUCUCAUUCGUUUGCGUGGACGAAGCUUAUUUGAAAGAUAUCCCUGGUACCAGGCUCGAUUCGUCAUUCUAGCGUUCACCGUCAUCUCCUUUAAAUGCCACUUAGAGAGUUGAGCAUGACUGCUGCACAAUGUUUUUUCCCCCAGUGCUGCCCGCACACCUUCAAGCAUUUUGUCUUCAUUCCAGCGUGAUUCAGAGCUGUUAUUAAACAGGAUUCUGGCUCCUCUUGAAUGUUCUUCUUUGUCAUCUUCCGGUUACAUCCGAGAACACAAAGUGCUGGUAUCUCGAUUUUUUUUUUUUUUUUUUUUUUUUUUUUUUUUUUUUAAAUCAGGUUGAAGUUUAAAUUUUGUACAUAUGUCACCACAGAACAUUUGCAUAAUAUAAAGUAACAUAAUGCUAUAUAUGGCCCCAAAACCUGUUUUAUGCCUACUGCUACUGUAUCCAAAUAAGUUGUGUCCAAUUCUCCUCUGAUUGUUUUUUUUUUUUUUUCCUUUUAAUACCUGGUCAAACAAAUUUAAAUCCGAACAUACUAAUAAUUGGGAGUUUUUACCACACGUCAAAAGCCAAGACCAAGUGUUUGAAUGUUAAGCCAAUCCAACCUCACAUGCCAAGUUUUACAUUUAUAUGGACAAUUUGACUCACUUUAAUGUCACAUGGGGCUAAGUCUCGACUUUACCGUCAGUCAAAUCGCCUCACAACCCCAUACUUUAUUUUAUACUUUUUAUUGUUUCAUAUAACUCAGUUUUUUUUAUGUCCUACUGACUGAAAGCAAGUGGGAUAGAGAGGAUUGUGAAUCGGCACCUGAACAGGAUUCUUUCUACGGUCAAACACUGUUUAUACCGGAGUCGCCAAACCCGAACAUCAGUGCAUCUGUUUCCUCUCCCAAGUUUUCACCUCUUGGGGGACUGUUGGUUAGAAAUGAAUCAGAAAGAUCUGUUGGCUUUGGGGUUAAAGUUAAAAAGAAAUAAAGAAACGAAAGGAGAAAAAAAGGGUCAGUUAAGCAAUGGUGGAGUUACAGACAAAUGAUGAAAAGAUUGCAUUUCUUUGAAGAUGUCAGUAUUCUUUGGCACAUUACCACUACAACUUAUAACCUGUAUUAAAAUGUAUAGAUGGUGGAGCUUCUUAUUGAAUGUCAGAUGUUGUGAAGAUACUUCAUGAGAGAUGGUAAAGUACUAAAAGUAGAUUUAAAUUGUGUACAAAAACAAAAAGAAAACAAAUAGGAUCCAUUACUAUAUUGUUUGUAUUGUAUUUACCAUUUUAUUGUGUUGGCAGAGGGAUAUUGAACAGAAAUCAGCUGUAAUAAAGUAAUUUUAGUAUAA